CCAAAAACAAUUAAAAACUGGAAACCGGUUCGUAGGUUAAGUGAAAGAGCUCUAGGGUUUAUGAUUCUCUUCUUCUCAUAGCUCAGCCAAGUUUCUCCUUUUUUAAAAACUUCUUCUGUGCUCGUAGACAGCUUUGAGGUCAACGACUCCAAGUUUUCUCGACAGUUUUGAGCGUUAGGAGUGUUUAAGAUGGCUGGGGGAUCAAAGAUGUCUAAAAGGUCAAGACUUUAUGAAAGUGAAUCAGAAGAGAUGAGCGAGCCUGAGGACAAUCUCGAGGUGGAAGGGGAGAGUGAAGAUGAAGAGUUGUCUGAUGGUGAAGGAGAUAGCAUGGAAGAAGAAGAAGAAGACGAGGAAGAUGAUGAUGAAGGAGAUAGUGAGGAAAGUGAAGAAGGAGGUGAGAAGGAAGAUGUGGAUGGAGAAAGCGAUGAACUUGAUGAUGGAGGUGACGAAGAAAGCGAGAGUGGCGAUGAAGAGGACGAUGACAAUAAAGAUGCUGCCAUGGAAGAGCUUGAGAAAGAGUACCAGGAGCUUCGUUCUCAGGAACAGGAUAUAUUGAAAAACCUGAAGCGUGAUAAGGGUGAGGAUGCUGCUAAAGGUCAAGCUGUGAAGAACCAGAAGGCUCUUUGGGAUAAAACUUUGGAGUUCAGAUUCUUACUUCAGAAACCAUUUAGUAGUUCAAACAGAUUGCCACAGGAGACUGUCAAAUCGUCUUUUUGUUCGGAAGAUGAGAAGGUCUCAACAGCAUACUCAGAGCUAAUUACUUCGUCUAAGAAGACAUUAGAUUCCCUCUUGGAGUUGCAAGAGGCUUUGUUUGAGAAGAAUCCCUCGGUUGACCAACAAGCAAAUGGUACCGAAUCCAAUAAAUCAGAUGCAGAAGAUAGCGAUGAAUGGCACAGAAUAUCUGACAUGCAGAAAAGGAUGUGUGUGUUCCGAAACAAGGCUGUGGACAAAUGGCAGAGAAGAACACAAGUCACAACUGGUGCAGCUGCUAUUAAAGGAAAGCUCCAUGCCUUUAACCAGAACGUUAGUGAGCAGGUUGCUUCGUACAUGAGGGAUCCAAGUAGAAUGAUUAAGCAAAUGCAACAAUCAAGAUCUACUGUCGCUGUUUUUGGAACCGUAGCUGAGGAAACCAUGGAACCAAAACAAGAGGAAAAACAAGUUGAAGGAGACCCUGAGCUAGUGGAGGAUGCAGAAUUCUAUCAACAGUUACUAAAGGAGUUCUUUGAGACCAUCGAUCCAGCUUCCUCAGAGGCGGCUUUCUACGCGAUGAAGAAGUUUCAAACGAAGAAGAGGAAAGUUGUGGAUCGGCGUGCCUCUAAGAGCAGAAAGAUCAGGUAUAAUGUGCAUGAGAAAAUUGUCAACUUCAUGGCUCCACGACCUGCGAAGAUUCCUCCAAAUACUGCAGAUUUGCUGAAGAAUCUGUUCGGUCUCAAGAACAGAAACGGUCUGUCUGAAGCAUAAUGUUUUAAAAAAAACCGGAAUUUUGAAAACGCAGGGAAUAGAUUGAUAAUUACAUUACUUGUUGUGUGGUGCGUUGUUGUAAUACAAUCUUUUGAUAGUGGAAAACUCAUUUUAUAUAUCAAACAUUAUCUCAGUUUUUUAAUAAUCCACAAAUGCUACACAGAAAAUCAGAGAGUAUGAGCUUAAUGAUCAACUACUACAGGUGGAAACACCCAAAUUAUUCAAUGAUCAACAGAAGGCAAAACGCUGACGUUUUAUUUGUCUAUUUUUUGAAGCCCUAGAGAUAGAGCUUAAUGACCUACACCGUAUAUAUAAAGCACAUCCAGAAGUAAAGGUUCUUCUGCGUUAUAAUCUCAGCUUUGCCAAGCUCCGUUGAACAGGAGAGUGAGGAAGAAAGAGAUGGCUGGGCACAAGAUUGCACACGCAACCUUGAAAGGACCAAGUGUGGUGAAGGAGUUAGUUAUCGGUCUUGCGCUAGGCCUAGCUGCUGGUGGGAUGUGGAAGAUGCACCACUGGAACGAGCAGAGGAAGACGAGAGCAUUCUAUGAUUUGCUUGACAAGGACGAGAUUAGUGUUGUUGUUGCAGAGUAGUAGACUAGUAGUAGUGAGAUCUUCUCCUCCAGCACUAAAUAUUUUUGAUGAUGACGAUCACCUACAACUACAAACUUUAGCGUUUGUUAUUAAGUUCAACAACACCCAUCAUCAUUAAAUAUAUAUGAUGAUGAUUUCUAGUUUUUCAUU